AUGGCUCAAUCCCCAUUCACUUACUCCACCCUGACUCAAUCUACGUUCACUUACUUGACCCUGGCUCAAUCCACGUUCACUUACUUGACCCUGGCUCAAUCCCCGUUCACUUACUCGACCCUGACUCAAUCUACGUUCACUUACUUGACCCUGGCUCAAUCCACGUUCACUAACUUGAACCUGGCUCAAUCCCCGUUCACUUACUCGACCCUGGCUCAAUUCCCAUUCACUUACUCCACCCUGACUCAAUCUAUGUUCACUUACUUGACCCUGGCUCAAUCCACGUUCACUUACUUGACCCUGGCUCAAUCCCCGUUCACUUACUCGACCCUGGCUCAAUCCCCAUUCACUUACUCCACACUGACUCAAUCUACGUUCACUUACUUGACCCUGGCUCAAUCCACGUUCACUUACUUGACCAUGGCUCAAUCAACGUUCACUUACUCUACCCUGGCUCAAUCCCUGUUCACUUACUCGACACUGGCUCAAUACCCGUUCAUUUACUCAACCCUGGCUCAAUUCCUUUUCACUUACUCAACCCUGGCUCAAUCCACGUUCACUUACUCGACCAUGGCUCAAUCCACGUUCACUUACUCAACCCUGGCUCAAUCCCCGUUCACUUACUCGACCCUGGCUCAAUCCACGUUCACUUACUUGACCCUGGCUCAAUCCCCGUUCACUUACUCUACCCUGGCACAAUCCCCGUUCACUUACUCGACCCUGGCUCAAUCCCCGUUCCCUUACUCGACCCUGGCUCAAUCCCUGUUCACUUACUCGAUCCUGGCUCAAUCUCCAUUAACUUACUCGAUCCUGGCUCAAUCUCCAUUAACUUACUCGACCCUGGCUCAAUCCACGUUCACUUGUUUGACCCUGGCUCAAUCCACGUUCACUUACUCUACCCUGGCUCAAUCCCUGUUCACUUACUCGACCCUGGCUCAAUCCACAUUCACUUACUCGACCCUGGCUCAAUCCCCGUUCACUUAA